AACAAGACUUAGGAAACUUCUUCGGCGUGGCGGAGAUCGUUCACGGCGUUGUAGAAAUAAUUAAAAAUGAAAGUAAAAGGACAGUUGAGAGAGUUCAUGAUCAUCGGGCGGCCGUUGCCCACGGACAAGGAAAAGAAUCCCCCCCUCUACCGCAUGCGAAUCUUCGCCCCGGAUAAGGUGACCGCCAAAUCCAGGUUCUGGUACUUCACCCGAAAGUUGAAGAAGCUCAAGAAGUCCAAUGGAGAAAUUGUUUGCAUUUCAGAGAGGUACGAUCGAUCUCCCACAAAAGUAAAGAACUUCGGCAUCUGGCUGAGGUACAACUCUAGAACUGGAACCCACAACAUGUACAGGGAAUAUCGAGACAUGACUGUUGCCGCCGCAGUCACUCAGUGCUACCGAGACAUGGGGGCCAGGCAUCGUGCCAGAGCAGAUUCCAUUCAAAUAAUGAAAGUGUCAAAGGUGUUGGCAGCAAAAUGUAGAAGACCACAUGUAAAACAAUUCCACGAUAGCAAAAUCAAGUUCCCUCUGCCAUCCAGGAUCAACCGUAAAUUCCACAAGCCACGUUUCACGACCAUAAGACCCAAUGCUAAAUUUUAAGAUUUAAAAUCUUGUCUGUGAAAAUAAAAUUCUUUAGAGGACUGG